ACUCAAGGUUUGAAUAAACAUUUGUCUGAAUACAUGAAAGGACUAACCAUCAAAGUAUUUCGUACAUACAAUGCAUCUUGUACCUUCCAAAUUGAGCUAAAGAAAGGGAUGGAGAAUGCUACUACUGUAAGAGAGAAAAUAGCAGCAUAUAAGAAAGCAAACAGACAG